UUACCAUGGUUGAUUUUUUUUGAAUGAAUCCUAACGAAAUGUUCAACAUAGUUGUUGGUCGUCGAUUAAUCCAAAAAUGGCAAUCAUUAUCAAUAUUUUGGCCAAACCAUACGACAACAAUAUAUUCAUCAAUUAUACGGACAUUUGCGGCUUCAGUUUCAAAACGAAUCGAAGAACGUAAACUUGGACGUUUAGCAGUGUUACGUAAUGCAAUUAAUGAAAUCUAUGUAUCAUCAGUUUCUGAUAGCAAAUCAUUCGAUUGGCAUGAUGUAUGCAAACAACUGUAUGAACGUCAGAUACAUUUUCCUACAAAUUUUGAAUUUGCAUUGCUUUCUGCUUUCGAUGUAAACAAAGUCCAAAUGUAUGAUGAACAAUAUCAACUAGAUGCCGAUCUAUUCCAGAAGAUAGCUAAUUUUGUUGCCGAAUCAGAAACAUUACGAUCUAACAAAAUUGCAUCGGUUCGAUUCUGUGUAUUUUUAAGUCAAUAUCCCCAAUAUUUAUCCGAUCAACAAUUGGAAUUCAUCCGACAAAUUGCCUUAUCAGUUGCUGAAGAUUCGGUUCAAAUCAAACCAGUCGUAAUCGAUAUAGUCAAAGCACUUGCACAAUCAUCAGCUGAAAACUGUCGAUUAGCAUGUCAACUAUUGCCUCGAUUCUUAGCAUCUCGAAAACAUGCAUUUAGUUUACGUUUAGAACUUAUACAAAUUUUAUUCCAAUCUCUGAUUAAUCAUCAAUUAUCGGAAGAAUUGCUAUUAUUUUUACGGGAAAAUUCUCCUUUCAUUAAUGACAUUGAUCUUACUACUGUUGGAAAAUUAAUUUCAUUGAUUGCCAAAACUCGUUUAAGUCGAAAAUUUUCGAGACAGAAUCUUAUCGAAAUGAUAAAAUGUUUAAGUGAUCUUCAUACACCUUUACUAGCCGAUGACAUGGUGAUAUUAGUGGAUAAAUUACUCAAACAAAAACUGGGAUAUCAAAACAUUCAAGAUGUUCAAAUUGAUCCAAAGAAGGGUAUUUGUCCAUGCUGUGGUAACCAGCUAACUGGAUUAAAUAACGAAGAAUUCUACCAAUUAAAACAUCAUUUUAAAUCUAUAAUUUUCGAUUCAAAUGAUAAAUACAUGAUGGAUAAUCUUACCGAAUAUCAUUUACAAUUGAUGGAUUUUGAGACAAAAACUCUGAUAGACAAUGAUGAAGUUAAUAAUUCAAAACCACGAUAUGAUUUAAUUGUCGAUGGACUUAAUGUCAGUUAUCGACGUUCUAAAUCCAUUGUUAAUGAUAAAACUGGUUUACGAACAUUUGCUAAAGUGUAUAAAGUGAAAGAUAUCGAUAAUCAGAUUGUUACGUUGAUGGAACAGAAUCGUCUAACGUAUCGAUAUGAACGAAUAUUGUUGAUUGGUCGACAGCAUAUGAAAUCAUGGUUUCAACUUAGACGUAUGUGUCAACGACAUCCAGAUCGUAUCGAUCUAAGUCUUUUACUAGAUCGUACACGUGAUGAUAACUACAUACUAUAUGCUGCCAUUCAACAUCCUCAUACAAUGAUUCUAUCAUCCGAUCAUUUUAAGGAUCAUCGUAAUAAAUUCACUGAUUGGUAUCGAAAUGGUUCAUUCGAUUCACAGAAUAAUGAUGAAAAUGAAUCACGACCAAAUCUAGGACUAUUGUUCAAAAGAUGGCUCAAAUCACGUCAGAUUCGGAUCGAACAAGGUAUGAUGUUACGAUAUCCAAAUCAAUUUGAUACGAAAAUUCAUGUCCAUCAUAAUGAUGAAUCAAAAUUGCCCAUUUUACAUAUACCAGUUGUAUUAGUUCCUGAUCCCUAUGAUAAUGAUGAUCAUAAGAUUGGUUGGAUUUGUGCCAAUCAAAGUUAAAUAAUUUUUUUUUGUUUGUCAAUUCGUUGAGUGAUAAAUCAUCAUUGAAAUUUA